GUGCAGCCCCCAGCUAUUUUUUUUUCUCCGUGGCGGCGGCGACGAGCGGAAGUUCUUGGGAGCGCCAGUUCCGUCAGUGUGUUCGAGUGGACAAAAUGGCGAAGAUCGCCAAGACUCACGAAGAUAUUGAAGCACAGAUUCGAGAAAUUCAAGGCAAGAAGGCAGCUCUUGAUGAAGCUCAAGGAGUGGGCCUUGAUUCUACAGGUUAUUAUGACCAGGAAAUUUAUGGUGGAAGUGACAGCAGAUUUGCUGGAUACGUGACAUCAAUUGCUGCAACUGAACUUGAAGAUGAUGACGAUGACUAUUCAUCAUCUACGAGUUUGCUUGGUCAGAAGAAGCCAGGAUAUCAUGCCCCUGUGGCAUUGCUUAAUGAUAUACCACAGUCAACAGAACAGUAUGAUCCAUUUGCUGAGCACCGACCUCCGAAGAUUGCCGACCGGGAAGAUGAAUACAAAAAGCAUAGGCGGACCAUGAUAAUUUCCCCAGAGCGUCUUGAUCCUUUUGCAGAUGGAGGGAAGACCCCUGAUCCUAAAAUGAAUGCUAGGACUUACAUGGAUGUAAUGCGAGAACAACACUUGACUAAAGAAGAACGAGAAAUUAGGCAACAGCUAGCAGAAAAAGCUAAAGCUGGAGAACUAAAAGUCGUCAAUGGAGCAGCAGCGUCCCAGCCUCCAUCAAAACGAAAACGGCGUUGGGAUCAAACAGCUGAUCAGACUCCUGGUGCCACUCCCAAAAAAUUAUCAAGUUGGGAUCAGGCAGAGACCCCUGGGCAUACUCCUUCCUUAAGAUGGGAUGAGACACCAGGUCGUGCAAAGGGAAGUGAGACUCCUGGAGCAACCCCAGGCUCAAAAAUAUGGGAUCCUACACCUAGCCACACACCGGCGGGAGCUGCUACUCCUGGACGAGGCGAUACACCAGGCCACGCGACACCAGGCCAUGGAGGCGCAACUUCCAGUGCUCGUAAAAACAGAUGGGAUGAAACCCCCAAAACAGAGAGAGAUACUCCUGGGCAUGGAAGUGGAUGGGCUGAGACUCCUCGAACAGAUCGAGGUGGAGAUUCUAUUGGUGAAACACCGACUCCUGGAGCCAGUAAAAGAAAAUCACGGUGGGAUGAAACACCAGCUAGUCAGAUGGGUGGAAGCACUCCAGUUCUGACCCCUGGAAAAACACCAAUUGGCACACCAGCCAUGAACAUGGCUACCCCUACUCCAGGUCACAUAAUGAGUAUGACUCCUGAACAGCUUCAGGCUUGGCGAUGGGAAAGAGAAAUUGAUGAGAGAAAUCGCCCACUUUCUGAUGAGGAAUUAGAUGCUAUGUUCCCAGAAGGAUAUAAGGUACUUCCUCCUCCAGCUGGUUAUGUUCCUAUUCGAACUCCAGCUCGAAAACUGACAGCUACUCCAACACCUUUGGGUGGUAUGACUGGUUUCCACAUGCAAACUGAAGAUCGAACUAUGAAAAGUGUUAAUGAUCAGCCAUCUGGAAAUCUUCCAUUUUUAAAGCCUGAUGAUAUUCAGUACUUUGAUAAACUAUUGGUUGAUGUUGAUGAAUCAACACUUAGUCCAGAAGAGCAAAAAGAGAGAAAAAUAAUGAAGUUGCUUUUAAAAAUUAAGAAUGGAACACCACCAAUGAGAAAGGCUGCAUUGCGUCAGAUUACUGAUAAAGCUCGUGAAUUUGGAGCUGGUCCUUUGUUUAAUCAGAUUCUUCCUCUACUGAUGUCUCCUACACUUGAAGAUCAAGAGCGUCAUUUACUUGUGAAAGUUAUUGAUAGGAUACUAUACAAACUUGAUGACUUAGUUCGUCCAUAUGUUCAUAAGAUCCUUGUGGUCAUUGAACCACUAUUGAUUGAUGAAGAUUACUAUGCUAGAGUGGAAGGCCGAGAGAUCAUUUCUAAUUUGGCAAAGGCUGCUGGUCUGGCUACUAUGAUCUCUACCAUGAGACCUGAUAUAGAUAACAUGGAUGAGUAUGUCCGUAACACAACAGCUAGAGCUUUUGCUGUUGUAGCUUCUGCCCUGGGCAUUCCUUCUUUAUUGCCUUUCUUAAAAGCUGUGUGCAAAAGCAAGAAGUCCUGGCAAGCGAGACACACUGGUAUUAAGAUUGUACAACAGAUAGCUAUUCUUAUGGGCUGUGCCAUCUUGCCACAUCUUAGAAGUUUAGUUGAAAUCAUUGAACAUGGUCUUGUGGAUGAGCAGCAGAAAGUUCGGACCAUCAGUGCUUUGGCCAUUGCUGCCUUGGCUGAAGCAGCAACUCCUUAUGGUAUCGAAUCUUUUGAUUCUGUGUUAAAGCCUUUAUGGAAGGGUAUCCGCCAACACAGAGGAAAGGGUUUGGCUGCUUUCUUGAAGGCUAUUGGGUAUCUUAUUCCUCUUAUGGAUGCAGAAUAUGCCAACUACUAUACUAGAGAAGUGAUGUUAAUCCUUAUUCGAGAAUUCCAAUCUCCUGAUGAGGAAAUGAAGAAGAUUGUGCUGAAGGUGGUAAAACAGUGUUGUGGGACAGAUGGUGUAGAAGCAAACUACAUUAAAACAGAGAUUCUUCCUCCCUUUUUUAAACACUUCUGGCAGCACAGGAUGGCUUUGGAUAGAAGAAAUUACCGACAGUUAGUUGAUACUACUGUGGAGUUGGCAAACAAAGUAGGUGCAGCAGAAAUUAUAUCCAGGAUUGUGGAUGAUCUGAAAGAUGAAGCUGAACAGUACAGAAAAAUGGUGAUGGAGACAAUUGAGAAAAUUAUGGGCAAUUUGGGAGCAGCAGAUAUUGAUCAUAAACUUGAAGAACAACUGAUUGAUGGUAUUCUUUAUGCUUUCCAAGAACAGACUACAGAGGACUCAGUAAUGUUGAACGGCUUUGGCACAGUGGUUAAUGCUCUUGGCAAACGAGUCAAACCAUACUUGCCUCAGAUCUGUGGUACAGUUUUGUGGCGUUUAAAUAACAAAUCUGCAAAAGUUAGGCAGCAGGCAGCUGACUUGAUUUCUCGAACUGCUGUUGUCAUGAAGACUUGUCAAGAGGAAAAAUUGAUGGGACACUUGGGUGUUGUAUUGUAUGAAUAUUUGGGUGAAGAGUACCCUGAAGUAUUGGGCAGCAUUCUCGGAGCACUGAAGGCCAUUGUAAAUGUCAUAGGUAUGCAUAAGAUGACUCCACCAAUUAAAGAUCUGCUGCCUAGACUCACCCCCAUCUUAAAGAACAGACAUGAAAAAGUACAAGAGAAUUGUAUUGAUCUUGUUGGGCGUAUUGCUGACAGGGGAGCUGAAUAUGUGUCUGCAAGAGAGUGGAUGAGAAUUUGCUUUGAGCUUUUAGAGCUCUUAAAAGCCCACAAAAAGGCUAUUCGUAGAGCCACAGUCAACACAUUUGGUUAUAUUGCAAAGGCCAUUGGCCCUCAUGAUGUAUUGGCUACACUUCUAAACAACCUCAAAGUUCAAGAAAGGCAGAACAGAGUUUGUACCACUGUAGCAAUAGCUAUUGUUGCGGAAACAUGUUCACCCUUCACAGUGCUCCCUGCCUUAAUGAAUGAAUACAGAGUUCCUGAACUGAAUGUUCAAAAUGGAGUGUUAAAGUCACUUUCCUUCUUGUUUGAAUAUAUUGGUGAAAUGGGAAAAGACUACAUUUAUGCUGUAACACCGUUACUUGAAGAUGCUUUAAUGGAUAGAGACCUUGUACACAGACAGACGGCUAGUGCAGUGGUACAGCACAUGUCACUUGGGGUUUAUGGAUUUGGUUGUGAAGAUUCGCUGAAUCACUUGUUGAACUAUGUAUGGCCCAAUGUGUUUGAGACAUCUCCUCAUGUAAUUCAGGCAGUUAUGGGAGCCCUAGAGGGUCUGAGAGUUGCUAUUGGACCAUGUAGAAUGUUGCAGUAUUGUUUACAGGGUCUGUUUCACCCAGCCCGGAAAGUCAGAGAUGUAUAUUGGAAAAUUUACAACUCCAUCUACAUUGGUUCCCAGGAUGCUCUCAUAGCACAUUACCCAAGAAUCUACAACGAUGAUAAGAACACCUAUAUUCGUUAUGAACUUGACUAUAUCUUAUAAUUUUAUUGUUUAUUUUGUGUUUAAUGCACAGCUACUUCACACCUUAAACUUGCUUUGAUUUGGUGAUGUAAACUUUUAAACAUUGCAGAUCAGUGUAGAACUGGUCAUAGAGGAAGAGCUAGAAAUCCAGUAGCAUGAUUUUUAAAUAACCUGUCUUUGUUUUUGAUGUUAAGCAGUAAAUGCCAGUAGUGACCAAGAACACAGUGAUUACAUACACUAUACUGGAGGGAUUUCAUUUUUAAUUCAUCUUUAUGAAGAUUUAGAACUCAUUCCUUGUGUUUAAAGGGAAUGUUUAAUUGAGAAAUAAACAUUUGUGUACAAAAUGCUAAUUUGUGUGUGUUUUUUGAACAUGACUUGUAAAAUGCAGAACUUUGAUAAAGUAUUGGUUUAUGUGGAAUAAGUGGCUUAAUUUCAUUUUCUGUCACCUGGUUAAUAGGAAGUAGUUAGCCAAAUAAAAAUUAUAUGAAGUGAUGGCAUCUUUGUCAAAAUUCCAUUGUUCUGUUAAUAAUGACAGCAAGAACAGUAGCCUCAGGAGGUGUUCCCCUCAAACUAGCACAACCAUUCCAUCAUCAUAGAAAAGUAGCACUUAUUGCUAAACUGUCUUGAAUAUUUUGUACUUACAUAGCGCCUUUCAUCUCUUGAUUUCUCAAAAUGCUUUAUGAACAUGUUUAAAGGAAGUGGUUUAAGUCUUGUCCAACGCUUGAAAGUCUGCUGUGUUUAACAAGUGAGGAAUUUAACUUUACUUCAAACCUGCUUUCUGCCUAUUAGGAGUGAGGAUACCUAAGUAAUGCUGAUAGAACGGAUUCCUUAUGUACUGUGAUAAUAUACAGUGGCAGCAGCUAAAAUGUCUAGGUUUGCUUAGCUUUGUAUUCAGUAAUAAGUUGAUCUAAGAGUUCAGCAUAAACUGAAUGAAAUGCCAUUUAAUGAUAGAGGAACCAAGCAUUAAGGCAGUACUAGACUUAAUUUUUUUAGCAAAUAUGUAAAGUAUAUUUUGAACCUUUUAUAAUGUUAUGGCCCCAAAUUUCUUGGUGUUGGCCUUUUUACUACCUAUACUAUUUUUACUAUUUUGUUUUGUUUCCAUGUGGUAGUACUUCUGUGAACGCUAAAGAGAAAAUAAAUUCUGCAAACAGCAUUAGCAUAUAACUACUACUGUAAGUAAAACUGCCUGUUAACACUUGAGUUCCUGCUUCGGAAGCUUAGUUAAGAAACAGCUUGUGGCUGGGCACGGUGGCUCACUCCUGUAAUCCCAGCACUUUGGGAGGCCAAGGCGGGCCACGAGGUCAGGAGAUCAAGACCAUCCUGGCUAACACAGUGAAACCCCUUCUCUACUAAAAGUACGAAAAAUUAGCCGGCCGUGGUGGCGGGUGCCCGUAGUCCCAGCUACUUGGGAGGCUGAGGCAGGAGAAUGGCGUGAACCCGGGAGGCGGAGCUUGCAGUGAGCCUCGCGAGAAGGUGCCACUGCACCCAGCCUGGGCGACAGAGCGAGACUCUGUCUCAAAAAAAAAAAAAAAAAAAAAAAGCUUGUAAUUGACUUUCAACAAAUCGAUACUGAGCAUUAAUGGUUUCCAACUUGAAUUUGUAAUUCCUCAUCAUUCCUUGUAUGACAACUUUCUGAAAAUAUGUCACUAUGUAGUUAAAUUAAACACUCCAAACUCAUCUUUCUGUUACAAGUUUUCAGCAGUACUUCUUUUUUUUUUUUUCCAAUUCAGAUAUUUUUAAAAUAUUUUAUUGGUGUCAAUGUAUAAUUUUAUUACAUGGAUAUAUUGCAUAAUGGUCGAGUCAGGACGUUUAGAGUAUCCAUCACUGAAAUAACGUGCUAAAGUAUAAAAAAAAAAAAAAAAAAAAA